AUGUUUCAGAUGUUUCCCACGAUUAAACAGAAAUACACAAACCUUGUUCCUCACAAAAAACCACAACUCUCCCUACUCAACGUCAAGAACCUAUCCAACAAAGUCCUGUCCCAAGACACCAUCUCUGUGCUCGCCAAAGGCCCGAACUUCGCAGUGGCACCUAGAAAGGUCCCAAAAGAAGAGAUCGUCAGCCAAAUAGAGUUUUGGAUUAAUGCUAAUUUUCCAGGUGCAAUAGGAGCUACAGAUGGCACACAUAUAGCGAUUUUCCCACCUGAAAAAAACAGGGAACAUUUAUAUAUCAACAGAAAAUUAUAUCAUUCUUUGAAUGUCAUGAUUGUUAGUGAUUACUAUGGUAAAAUAUUAGCUGUGAAAACAAAUCAUGGUGGUCGUACACAUGACGCCAGAGUCUGGAGUUCCUCUCAGUUAUCAAGACAUAUGUUAAGAGAAUAUGAGAAUGGAAGACGAAAUGCCUGGUUAAUAGGAGAUUCUGGAUAUCCCUUGUUGCCAUUUUUAAUGACGCCUAAAUUAAAUCAGCCACCGAGAUCUCCAGGUGCAUCAUAUACAGAUAGUCAUGUUAGAGCGCGAUGUUCAAUAGAAAAAACAAUAGGAGAAUUAAAAGGCAGAUGGAGAUGUUUACGAAAAGAAAGAGCUUUGCAUUAUGCACCAGAAUUUUCAGCACGUAUAGUAAAUGCAACAUGUGUACUGCACAACAUUGCUAAGCACUAUAAUGUUCCAACAAAUGAAAUAUAUAUAGAAGAUGAUAUAGAGAUUGAAGAGAUAGAAAUAGAGAACAAUGUUAAUAUGCGUGCAAGAGGGAAUGCUGUUCGAGAAACAUUGAUACAACAAUAUUUUACAUAA